AUGGCAGCUGCACAACCCCUCAUUAUGGGGGAUUACUGUAAACAAACUGAUAAAGGACAAGUUUCUAAGGGGUUUGUACCAGUAUACCCUGUUAAUUUUGAUAUUAAAAAUUCUCUGCUUUCAGGUUUAAGAGAAAAUCCGUUCGACGAGAACACGAUUAGAGGCCCAUGGACGCAUCUUGCACGCUUCUAUAAAACAACUUCAAUGAGUAAACCUACUGAUGUCACUGAAGACCAGGUUAAAUUGAGGUUGUUUGGAUUCUCACUUAUUGGAAGGGUGAAAGAUUGGCUACUUUGCCUUACGAAUGGAACAAUUCGGACUUGGAAGGAAUUGGAAGAUAAAUUCCUUGAAUUUUUUUUUGCUACUACUCAGUUUACCGAACGCCGAGCAGAAAUUGUUAAUUUUGAGCAGCAGGAAAUUGAGUCACUCUGUGACGCUUGGGAAAGAUUUAAGCUUUUGUUGCACAGAUUCCCAAAUCAUAACAUGAAUAAUAUGAAGCAGAUGCAAAACUUCAUCAAAGGCCUCAAGAGUCAAACUCGCAUGUUGUUGGAUGCCUCUGAGAGAGGUAUUAUCCGCCAAAUGACUGAACCUCAAGUAAAAUACCUCAUUGAGAAGAUGUGUAUGAAUGAGUACCAUUCUAAAAGUGAAAGGACGGUGAAGCUUGAAAUUAAUGGCACACCUAAAGGCAUGCUACCUCUUGAUACUCUUGAAAGCAGCUUAGGAAAAGCUAACGUGAGCCAGGUACAAGAACUUAGGUGUGAUUUCUGUAGAGGUGAACAUGUGAAUGGAAGGUGUUCAUUGGAAGGGACAAGUGAGGAGGUCCAGUUUGCUAAUUUUCAAAAGAACAACUCAUAUUCCAACACGUACAAUCCGGGUUGGAAAAAUCACCCAAAUUUUCAUUGGAGCAAUGAGAAAAAUUCAAAUACCAACCAAGGGAAGCAGCAAAGCCAACAAAUAACUAGGAACCAUAAAAUUCUGGCUAGAAACCAUGAUUCAUCAAUCAAGAAUUUAGAGAAUCGGAUUGGUCAAUUAUCUACACAAAUAGCAGCUUUGCCUAGCUUAAAUGGAGGAUUCACCGGUAACACCGUUGAUAAUCCUAAGAAUGAAACAUGCAAGGUUGUGGAAACAAAUUUUGGGGUGGUUACUAGAAAGGAGGAAGCUGAAAAAGUUAAAGAGGAUAAAAGUGAGGAAAAGGAAUGUGAAAUUGAAAAGAAAGAGAGUGGAAAUCAAGAUUACAUAAAACUAACAUAUCCCAUCAUUAAGAAGAAACUGGUACAUGAGGAUGAUGCUGGAAUCUUUGAAAAUUUUAAAGAUAUAUUGAAAAAAAUUCAGGUAUUGAUGAAAGGUGGAAAACAGAAGUUAACACAAGAACAUGUCAACGAGACAGAGAAAGAGGAAACAAUAGAAUUGUCAGAAGUUCCACCAAAGAUGAGGGAUCCAGGGGAUUUCAACAUCACUUGCAUAAUUUAUGGGUUAAAAAUCUCACAUGCUUUAUGUAACUUAGGAUCGAGCAUCAAUGUCAUGUCGCUGAGCAAAUUUAAGGAAUUGGACUCUGUGGUGAUCGAUAUAAAAAAUGAUUCAGAAGGGUCAAUGAUUCUCAGACGCCCAUUCUUGGCAACCGGAAAGGCAAAAAUAGAUGUGGAAACAGGUGAAUUGAUUUUGAAGUUUAACAAGGAGAAUAUGGUAUUUCAUGCUUAUCAAUGGACACCAUAUCUGAAAGAUCUAGAGACUUUCUAUCAAUUGAAAGAUAAAGGAGCUCUUAGACAGAGAAAGGGAAUUGUUAGUUUCAUAUUAUUAUAUGCUUUAAUACUCAAGUUAUUGAAACAAGGGAAGGAGAUGGAUAACUUUGGUGAGUGUUCUUCCUGCACUCAAUUAGGAGCUCUUAGACAGAGAAAGGAAGUUCUUUAUCCAACCAAAAGUGAUAUGGGAUUAAAUCUUUCUGUUGGAAAUUUUCUAAUAGAUAUGUACAACAAAUGCAUAGAUGUUAUAUGA